GGGAGAGAGAGAGAGAGGGUAGCUGUGAGCUAUAUAGAUAGGGGGCACAUGCGCUGUAGCUUUGCGUAUGAGAAUAUAUUAUCCAAAGCGUGGAGUGCUGAUCAGUGGUCUCCGCCCACUGCGUGGAAAAUGGGUGAGGACUGGAGAAACAAACCACAGCAGCAAUCCCACGGUCUUGGUUUCUGCUUCUUUGUCUCCUUCCUCUCUCUCUUCCUCUUGGCUUCUUCAGUAAAUGGAGCACAAGUGGCAGCAGCGCAGAGUGAGGCUGAGGCUGUCGUGGGGUAUGGCUACUCCCUCCAAUCGGCGUGGCUGAAUACCGCCCGUAAAUCGUUGCUCGCCAAUCUCGCCGUCAUCAGGCACACCUCCGUCUACGGCCCCGACGUCCAUAAUCUCCACUUCAUCGCCAGUGUGGACACAAAGGAUCGUCUGAGAGUUCUGAUCAGAGACGCCGACGACCAGAGAUGGGAAGUUCCCCAGGAUAUCGUCCCCCGCGAAACCCACUUCCCCCACCUCCGCCGUUCCCUCGCAGAGAAACAAUCCUCGCCGGCGCCGGAAACCCACUUCGUCCUGGACCCAAAAUCGGACCUCAUACUCACUCUCCGUAACAGCACACAAUUCUCCUUCACCGUGUCCCGCCGCUCCACCGGUGAUGUCCUCUUCGACACCGCCCCAGCCGCCUCCGACCCCGCCGGCAACACCUCUCUUGUUUUCAAGGACCAGUUCCUCCAGCUCUCCUCCUCCCUCCCUCUCCACAGGUCCUCCCUCUACGGCUUCGGCGAGCACACCAAGAAGACCUUCAAGCUCCAGCGCAACGACUCCUUCACGCUGUGGAACGCCGACAUCGCCAGCUUGGCUGUUGACUUGAACCUUUACGGGUCGCAUCCGUUCUACAUUGACGUCCGGUCGCCGUCGGCGGACGGCAAAGUCCCGGCAGGGUCCACUCAUGGGGUGUUGUUGCUCAACAGCAACGGCAUGGACGUCGUCUACGGCGGUGACAGAAUUACUUACAAGGUUAUCGGCGGUGUCCUAGACCUCUAUUUCUUCGCCGGCCCGUCGCCGAACACGGUGAUACAGCAGUAUACGGACCUCAUCGGAAAGCCUGCCCCAAUGCCCUACUGGUCUUUUGGAUUUCACCAAUGUCGAUACGGUUACAAGAAUAUUUCUGAUGUUGAGGGAGUGGUUGCCAGAUAUGCAAAAGAAAAAAUCCCUCUUGAAGUCAUGUGGACAGAUAUUGAUUACAUGGAUGGAUUUAAGGAUUUCACAUUUGACCCCGUUAAGUUUCCAUUGCCCAGGAUGCAGAAAUUUGUUGACAGACUUCAUAAAAAUGGUCAGAAGUAUGUGCUCAUUGUUGAUCCUGGUAUCAGUGUGAAUGAUACUGAUGGGACUUAUUUAAGAGGGAUGAAGGAUGAUGUCUUCAUAAAACGUGAUGGCAUUCCUUACAUGGGAGAAGUUUGGCCAGGAGUAGUCUACUUCCCUGACUUUCUAAAUCCUGCUUCUAUGCCAUAUUGGGCUAAUGAAAUCAAAAUAUUUCAUGAUCUUCUCCCCGUUGAUGGCCUUUGGAUUGACAUGAAUGAGUUAUCCAAUUUCUUAAGUCCUGUUGCCACCCCAAAUUCCACGCUCGAUGACCCUCCCUAUAAGAUCAACAACUCUGGGGAUUAUAGUCCAAUUGGUAAGAAAACUGUUCCAGCAACAGCUCGGCACUUUGGUAAUGUCUCAGAGUACAAUGCCCAUAACUUAUAUGGAUUACUAGAAGCCAAAGCCACCCAAGAAGGCCUAAUCAAAGUGACUGGUAAGAGGCCCUUUGUGUUGUCGAGAUCAACUUUUGUUGGAUCUGGCAAGCAUGCAGCACAUUGGACCGGAGACAAUGGAGCCACAUGGGAUGACUUGGCAUACACGAUUCCCUCCAUUUUAAAUUUUGGACUGUUUGGAAUACCUAUGGUUGGAGCUGAUAUAUGUGGUUUUAAUAAAAAUUCAACUGAAGAGCUCUGCCGCCGUUGGAUUCAGCUGGGGGCCUUUUACCCCUUUUCAAGAGACCACUCUUCCAUUAACACAAUUCGUCGAGAGCUCUAUUUGUGGGAUUCAGUUGCAACAUCAGCCCGGAAGGUUCUUGCACUCCGCUACCGGCUGCUUCCCUGCUACUACACAUUAAUGUACGAGGCACACAAAACAGGCACACCAAUUGCCCGACCACUGUUCUUCUCAUUCCCUCUUGACAUAAAAACUUAUGAGAUCAGCAAACAGCUUCUUAUUGGUAAAGGAGUGAUGGUAUCACCCGUUUUGAAGCCAGGAGCAGUCUCAGUGAAUGCUUACUUUCCAGCGGGAAAUUGGUUCAACCUCUUUGACUACUCGCGUUCUGUAAGUGUGAGCUCAGGAAAGUAUGUCAAGCUUGAUGCUCCUGAGCACGACAUAAAUGUGCAUGUUCGAGAAGGAAACAUUUUGGCAUUGCAAGGGGAAGCUAUGACCACAAAAGUAGCUAGAAAGACACCAUUUGAACUCUUGGUGGUGGUUGGUGCCAAUGGAAACAGCAGUGGGGAAGUUUUCUUGGAUGAUGGAGAGGAAUUGGAGAUGGGAGGGAAAGGAGGGAGGUGGACUUUUGUGAGGUUUUAUGGCAGAGUAGCUGGAAAUAAAGUUGUUGUAGGAUCUAAUGUUGUAAAUCCGAAAUAUGCUUUGAGCCAGAAGUGGAUUGUUGAUAAGGUUACUGUUUUAGGUUUGAGGAAGGAGAAUAAGAUCAAUGGAUAUGAAUUACACACCACCAAGGGAUCCAACUCGGGAAGAAACUCAGGGGCAAGAACAAGUUUUCACAGCAGCAAUGAACACUUUGUUGUGCUGGGCAUUUCACACCUCUCACAGCCUAUAGGAGAAGGUUUUGAAUUUGAGCUGAACUUCAGGAAAUAAAGGAAACAGUACUGCAGAGUGCAAUUUGAAUUAUUAUUAUUAUUUUUUCCUGGAGGGUCUUCAUUAAAAAAUGAAUGAAAUGUGAGAGAAUUUCAUGUAUGGCAUGGGUAAGUGUGAUAUAAUGAAGUUUGAUGACUAAUAAUAGCAAGAAAUGUUCAUUUUCUUUUUCUUCC